UAAAAAUUUUGAAUUUUAAUAGUUGUAUGAUGUGAUAUAAAUAAAUAUUGAUGUGAUGUUUUGAAUGUAAAAUUGAUUUUUAGUAUAAUAUAAAAAAUAAGCGUUUGAUUUGAUGUUUUUGAAAGAAAAAAAAUAGAAUAAAUAAUGUAAAUCUAAUCCAAUCUCCCAAACAAACACACCCUAAAAAUAAAGUCAAAUUUGUCUUUUGAACAGCAGCUAGCAUUGAAGAAGGGCACAUGAAUCAAUCAAACUGUAAAUUUGAGCAUUGAAUUGAUAUACAAUGAAACAUCCCUUUCAUUAAGGAAUCUGUCUGCUUUUUCUUUUUCUUCAAGGGUGUGUUGACCCGACAUUAAAUUUUGAGUUGAGAUUUGAAUAGUAAAAAUUUUUAUACGAUGUUUUAAAUAUUAAAUUAAUUUUUAGUAUAAUAUAAAAAAUAAAAAAUAGAUGUUUGAUUUGAUAUUUUUUUUUAAAAAAAAAAUAAGAUGAAUAAUGUAAAUAGCUGACAGCAAAUAAAUUUUACGAACUACUAUUACUUAUCAUUAAUUCUUACAACACCACACCACAACACACCCAUAAAAUCUUGGCUUCAAAUCCUGAUUUAUUUUAUUUUGUUUAUUCACACUGUCCAUUUUCCCUUGAUACCAAAAACAGAAACAAUUGCACACAACACUGAUCCACAAACUGUACAAAAGGGUUAGUUUCUUGAAUCCAUUUUCAUUCUUAGAGUGGAUUUGAAGCCCUCUUUGUUCUCAAGAAGAAAAGGAUCCAAACGUUUACAACUUUCCUCGGGCCGAAUCGAACUUUUUUGGGAUUUUUCCGCCGCAAAAUUUGGGCCGGAGGCGGCGGUGGCGCCGCCCCCGGCGAGUUAUUACAUUGGGAUUGUGUGCAAAGGUGUAAUGGCAUUGCUCGUCGGAGAUUCGACUAAAGAUGCUUUCAAGAGGAGCGGCGCCAUUGCUUCAUCCUCGAGCGGGAGGCUCGUUUUGAAGAGAGAAUGUAUUUGUGGGAAGCGGGUGUUUUGUACAAAAGUUCGAUUUUUUAAUAGUGGCGCGGCCCACGACCUUAGGAUCGAGCAUGAUCAUCCAAGUUGCGUCGAGGAUUCGAGGCUAGUGAUCCGUGUGGACUCUAGAACGGUCGUUCGAGUUAGGCAUCUUAGGUGGAAGUUUCGCGGGAAUGAAAUGUUCUUGGUCGAUGGGAUACCGGUCGAAGUGUCGUGGGAUGCGUAUGAUUGGUUGUUUGGCCCGAGUUUAGGGGGCGGGAAUGUGGCGAUCUUUAUGUUUCGAGCUAGUUUUCCGAAUGAGAGAAUGCGAGCUAGCCCGAGCCCGAGACUAAGCCCGGAUCGGAGUCGUUGUGGCUCGCCGGACGGCGACGGGUCGAAGGGCUUGGAGCUUGGUUUCUCUUUAGUCUUGUAUGCUUCGAAGAAUGAAAGAAUGAAUGAUACGAAGGGUAGAGAUUUUUAGAGUUCGAUUGUUGGUAACAUUUGAUGAGAUUUUUUUUUAUGGAAUUAUUGUUGAAUUAUUUCCAAGGUUCUUGCCAUUGUUGUAGCUUUAUCAUUAUCGUUAUGAUUUUGUGUAGUAAUCUUUUGAAUGUGUU